AUGGGUACUAUUCAUGGGAACGAGGAAGAGGAAGACUGGUUCUCCGAUGCUCGGGAAGAAGACGUUUCAUCUGUUUCCGAUUGUAAUUCCGACGAGUUUGUUCAAGCAACUGGCGAUUUAGAUCUCUGGACUGCGAAUCCCGAGAGUGUUACUAACCGUCGACACAAGUUCUUUCAAUCUAUGGGGUUUAGUUUCAAGAAAAGAGAGGUUGAUGUUGAUCUUCUUCUUGGAGACAAUGCUCUUCCUGUUCCACAGCCACUAAACUCUGUGUCUGAAACUGACCACGAGGAAGAGGAGAAUCAUUUGCUGAGGAAUGAAUCUGUAUCCUCCGAUACUACUGAUAGAUCCUCUGUUUCAACUUCCUCUCUUGCUGAUGCAUUUAGUUUCAGAGGACCUUUUCUGGAGCGUGCCAAGCACAUUGACGAUCAGAUUUUGCUGACGAGAGAUUAUUCCAGUAACAGCAGUAGCCUUACUACCGAGGGAUUGAGCGAGUCUGGUUCGAGUCGGUCCGGUAGCGGUAGCUAUGGAGAUUCUCCUUAUGAGGAUUCGCCUAAGAAGGGAGGAGCAGCUAAAGGGUGGCUGAAGAAGUUAGGUGUAUUUCUUGACAAGAAGGGCGAGUCCAUUGAUGGUGGUGACUCCGUGGGGUCGAGGAAACUGACUCGAGUUCAGUCUUUUAAGAAGCAGUUCAAGGAGCUUUCGUCUCUGUGUAUCGGGCAGGAGUUCUCGGCGCACGAUGGAUCCAUUGUGGUGAUGAAGUUUUCUCAUGAUGGCAACUACUUAGCCAGUGCUGGCGAAGACUGCGUUGUGCGAGUGUGGAACAUCACGGAGGACGAGAGAAGAGACAAUCAGUUUGAAGUGGCUACUGAGUUUGAUUCGAGCUCUAACUGUGUUUACUUUGGAAUGAAUGAUAAGUCACAGAUUGAGCCAUUGAACACUAGCGAGAACGAGAAAACCGAAAAGAGUAGAACAUUGUUGAAGAAGAAGUCGGAAUCGGCUUGCGCUGUGUUGCCUUCGAGGGUCUUCACUAUAUCUGAAACACCACAGCAUGAGUUCAGGGGACAUUCUGGCGAAAUCUUGGAUCUCUCGUGGUCGGAGAAAGGGUUUCUACUGUCAUCCUCAGUGGACGAGACAGUUCGGUUGUGGCGAGUUGGUUCUUCCGAUGAAUGUAUCAGAGUUUUCUCCCAUAAGAGCUUUGUGACUUGUGUGGCAUUCAAUCCUGUGGAUGAGAAUUACUUUAUAAGCGGAUCAAUUGAUGGCAAAGUACGAAUAUGGGAUGUGUCGCACUUUCGGGUCGUUGACUAUACAGAUAUAAGAGAGAUUGUCACAGCUGUGUGCUAUCGACCUGAUGCUAAAGGUGCUGUUGUUGGUUCCAUGACUGGACAAUGUCGCUUCUACCAUACAACUGAUAACCAGCUGGAACUGGAGAGAGAGGUGAGUUUACAUGGGAAGAAGAAGAAGAAGAAGGCUCCUAGCAACAGAGUCACUGGUUUUCAGUUUUUUCCUGGUGAUUCGGACAAAGUAAUGGUUACUUGUGCUGAUUCUCAAAUCCGAGUAAUCUGCGGAGUGGAUACCAUCUGCAAGCUUAAGAAAGCUUCAAGUCUAAGGACAACAGCACUGAGUCCAACCUCUGCUGUGUUCACGUCGGAUGGGAAACACAUCGUGUCAACAAUAGAGGACUCGGGGAUUCAUGUGUGGGACUACUCAUAUAAGGCUGCUUCUUCUCAGAAACCGAAAAGCAUAAGGUCCUAUGAAGGGUUUCUCUCAGAGAAUGUGUCUGUAGCCAUACCUUGGCUAGGGCAGGGGAAAGAGGAGGGGGACAGUUUCAUUGCUGAUUUGGAGAGAAAGUUUGCUCAUUUCCCGGUGCCGGUGGACUGCUACGGAGGAGCAACAACGUGGCCGGAAGAGAAGCUUGGGGCAGCGAUAACAGCGACGGCCAGCAGCAGGUCAAAGCUGAGGCUGUUGAGGAGUGUGUGCCAGAACGUCAAGGCUUCAACGCCGCACCUGUGGGGGCUUGUGAUUGUGACGGCAACAUGGGACGGUAGGAUCAGAGUCUUCCAUAACUACGGUUUGCCAAUUCGGGUCUAA